AUGUUCGAAAUACAGAGGAACAUUCAUCUUGUUUGCUGUGGCUGCCUAUUCGCUGGUGAGGUUUCUCUCCUGUCUGAUGAUGGUGGAGCUGAACAGCCCAAAGAAAAGGAACUGAACGAGAGAAUUGCGGCAUUGCAAGACGCCAUCCAGUGCCAGAGAGAGCAGCGCAUGAACUUGGAGAGGACAAUAAUUCUCCAGCUGCAACAGAGGCUGAACCACUAUGAAGAGAUGCGGAAGGGAAGAACGCACUCAAGAAAAAAACCAAGUCUGUGUUUCUUUACUGCCACAAGCUAUCUAGGCAGUAUGGAGAGUAACUUCGACUUGAAACUGAUCCCUGAGUAUGAUGGCAGAAACACACAAUCUGUUAUGAAGUGGCUGGAGAAGUUGGAGCUGGUUUGCAAGCUUCGGAAAGUUGAUGACGUGGCCAGUGUGAUUCCUCUGCGGCUUACAGGUGGUGCCUUUGCAGUGUACUUACAGUUACCCACAGCAGAUAGGAAGAAGGUUGACAAGGUGAAAGAAGCAUUGUUGGCUGCGUUUGCUGUUGAUCCCUAUGUAGCCUAUGAACAGUUUGUCAGUAGGAAGUUGCACAGUGGAGAGGCACCGGAUGUCUACUUAGCUGAGCUACGUCGACUCGGAUCCCUGUUUGGAGGAAUUUCUGAAAAAGCUCUUGCAUGUGCUUUUGUAGCUGGACUUCCAGAGAGAGUUCGUCAGCUGUUGAGAGCCGGGUCUCGCAUGGAGGCCCUCGAUCUGGAACAGAUUUUGGCUCGGGCACGGGCGGUUCUGAAAGAUGACCUUCCUUCUGUUUCAGUGGAAACAUGUUUUGGCGCCACAGGAAGCUUGGGUUCUGUGCCAGUAGAAACAACAGUUCAGAAAUGUCAUGUAUGCCUUGGACCAAAUCACUUUGCCAGGGACUGUCUUGCUCGCAACCGACGUGAUUUUAGCGCAAUUUAUGAUCCUGUGAUUAAAUGUUGGACAGCUACAUGGAAAUGGUCUGAGGGCAAGGAGCCUGGCAUCCUGGAGAAUGAAGUAAAGGCAUAUUCUGUACCUCAGGAGGCAAAGGACCUGUAUGAAUCAGAGCUACAAAGAUGGGUGAAUGAUGGCUGGCUGCUUCCUUAUGAUGAGAAUAAAUAUGGACCAGCUAAGGGGCUUAUUCCCCUCAUGGCUGUUGUACAGCAAAAUAAAAAGAAGGUGCGGCCUGUACUGGACUUCAGAGAACUGAAUACGUACAUUGAUACAUUUACAGCAGACUCAGAUGUGUGCUCAGACAAACUAUGUGAGUGGCGCAGGCAAGGAGUGAAUGUAUCUGUAGUAGACUUGGCUAAAGCUUACCUGCAAAUAAGAAUCCAUGAGUCUCUGUGGCCGUACCAGACUGUAUAUUUCAAAGGCCAGAGGUAUUGCCUGACUCGACUGGGGUUUGGUUUGAAUAUUGCUCCGAUGGUAAUGAAAUCUGUUUUAAACUGUGUUCUCCUUCAGGACCCAAUUGUAAGAAAAGGAACAUCAGCUUAUAUUGAUGACAUCUUGGUGAAUGAAGAUAUUGUUAAGGCCAGCCGUGUGGAGGAGCAUCUUAGAAAUUUUGGGCUAGUAAGUAAGCCACACCAAAGACUUGCUGAAGGGGCUCGAGCAUUUAAUCAGGAGCAGGAGAGUCUAUUUUGGAAAAGGGACAAUGACCUGGGCGAUGCACCAAGACAAUUGACUCGGCGAGCAGUGUUCUCAUACUGUGGUAGACUGUUAGGCCAUUACCCUGUUUGUGGAUGGCUGCGAGUGGCGGUAGCAUUCAUCAAGAGAAGAGUCAAUAAAGUCACUGAAGGAUGGGACGACGUCAUUUAUGAUGAUUACAUCAAAAUGUGUUUGCAGGAACUUCUGGAGAAGGUUAAGAAGGAUGACCCUGUGAGAGGACAGUGGAAUGUCACCGGUGACAAAUUCAAGAUCUGGGUGGAUGCUAGUUCUCUUGCGCUUGGUGUUGCAGCGGAAGUAAAUGGUUCUAUUGUGGAAGAUGCCAGCUGGCUGUGGAAAGACGACUCUUGCCACAUCAAUAUGGCUGAGCUAGAUGCAGUCAUUAAAGGAUUGAAUCUUGCACUGGCUUGGAAGAUACAAAAGGUGGAAUUAAUGACCGACUCAUCUACUGUGCAUAGAUGGAUUUCAGAUGGACUUUUAGGAAAAAGCAGAUUGAAGACUAAGGCUGCAAGUGAAAUGCUCAUCAGAAGAAGACUAGGAAUAGUCUUGUCAUUGAUAGAAGAGUGUGACCUCCAGCUGUCUAUUACACUUGUGUCUUCUGCCAAUAAUAAAGCUGACAGUUUGACACGUGUACCUCAGCGCUGGCUGAGGGACCUUGGUUCAUGUCACCAAGAUGCAAAACUUGUGUGUGCUUCUGUUGUCCCUGCCAUUAGUGAUGGAAUUAAGGAGAUCCAUCAUGCUGCUGGUCACCCGGAUGUGAGAACUCUCUAUUUUGUGAAAAAAGUCCAUCCAGGAGUUACCAGGCGGCAAGUACAGGCUGUUGUCAAAUGCUGUGAGGCAUGCCAGUCAAUAGACCCGGCCCCAGUGAAGUGGCAGAAGGGUAGUCUGGAAGUGGAUAGAGUGUGGCAGAGAGUUGGCAUGGAUAUUACUCACUAUGAUGGACAGCCAUAUCUUACUCUCAUUGAUUGUGGACCAUCUCGAUUUGCCAUCUGGCGUCGGCUCCAUUUUCAGACCAGUGAGAGCAUCAUCGGGCAACUUGAGACAGUGUUCUAUGAACGAGGAGCGCCGGAGGAACUGUUAACUGACAAUGACACUGCUUUUUGCAGCAAACUAUUUGCUGACUUUGCAAAAAAGUGGUGCGUGCAUCUUAAUUUUAGAUGUGCUUAUGUUCCAUCAGGAAAUGGUAUAGCUGAGAGAUGCCAUCGAACUGUUAAAGUCAUUGCUGCAAGGAAAGGCUGUAGCAUUGCAGAGGCUGUAUAUCUGUAUAAUUUGAUGCCUCGUGAUGACUGUGACUCAACGACUGCCCCUGUCAGUAUGCUGUAUUCUUACCCUGUGAGGGUCCGAGGAGUGGAUCCAUGCUCAAUGAACAAAGUGGCAGUGAGUGGCCCCUACAAAGUAGGUGAUGAGGUGUGGGUAAAACCAUCCAACAUGCGAUGCAAUAUGCAAUUUGAAAGAGGCAAGGUUACGAGAGUUUUGUCAGAACAAGCUGUUGAAUUCAAUGGAGUUCCACACCAUGUUAGAGAUCUUCGUUCAUGUUCUUCACAAGGAUUGAUAUUGAGUGAGGAAACUACUGAUGCUGAGGAUGAGGAGCUUCUUAUACAGAUUCCUGUUCAUGAAGAUGAGGGGGAAGAGAAGAUUCAGGCACUGUUGCUGAGUGCAACGCGAUUUCAAGACAUUCAACAAGAGUUAGAAGAGCUAGACCUGGCAAGACAAGGCCCACUUGCUCGAAGCUGGAACGAUAAAGAGAAGAGGAAGAAACGGCAGCUGGAAGACAAGAUCGUCAAGAUGGCAGAAGAAAACCAGCAGCUGUGGGCCAAUGUGAAGAAAAUUGGUCAGAGAAACGAUGCCCUAUGUGAGAGUAUAAGGGAACUGUCUGGGCAGUCACUAGAUGCAGACUGCCUGCUUGAGGGGCUCGAGAAACUCCUAUGA